CUGUUUAAAUUGUACAGUAAUCUUUUUCAUUUCUCCAUCUUCCAAUUCUUUUCUUCUGCUGGCAGAUUUACAUUUUAGGUUAGUUAAUUUGACAAAAAUCAUAACAAUAAAUAAACAAGGAAGAUCAGCAAGAGGUUAAAAGUUAAAAUAAUCGUCCAAGAUGGAUCUAUUAAAGGCGGAAUUGGAAAAGAAGAAAAGAAAACUUUUGGAAAGUAAUCUAAUUCAACCCAACAAGAAGUAUUAUAAAAAUUCUGAACUGAGAGCAAAGGAAGAAGAAGAGUAUCUGCAAAGAUGUGGCUCAGAAAAAGUUGAAAACAAACCUGAGAUGGAUAGCAACAAAGAUGAAAAUGAAAAGAAGGAUUCUGACGACCCAAUAAGACUACCAAGAAAAGAAGUGAUACGAAGGCUACGAGAGAGGUGUGAGCCAAUUUUAUUGUUCGGUGAGAGUGAAUUGGAGGCGUUUCUCAGACUGAGAAAAUGUGAAAUCCUGGAGCCUGAGAUCAACAAGGGUUUUCGGAACGAUUUUCAAGAAGCGAUGGAGAAGGUUGACCAAGAUUAUGAGAAUGAAGUUUUAGCAUCUGCUUCAAAAGCUGGUGGAAGUAGUUCACAAGAAGAUGACAGAUUGAGUAACAAUCAAAUUACUUAUGAUGAGAUUCAGUCCAUGGCUACCAACUUAGGAAAGGGAGACCGCAAUCAUGACAUGGAAGUCAUCAUGCAGUUUUUGCAGUACCUAAUGAAGAUGUGGGGUGGUGAGUUGAAUAGUAAAACAGGAUCGGAAAAAAUAAGCACUAAAGGGAAAAAAGCCAUGGCCAAGUUCACCCAAACCCAAGCUUACUUAAAGCCACUGCUGAGAAAACUCAGGACAAAGAGUUUACCCGAAGAUAUCUCGGACAGCUUGACAGAAAUUGUUAAGCACAUCCUGGAUAGGAACUAUAUUAAGGCUAAUGAAGCUUACCUGCAGAUGGCCAUUGGCAACGCUCCGUGGCCCAUAGGUGUCACCAUGGUGGGUAUUCACGCUCGUACUGGUCGAGAAAAGAUUUUCUCCAAAAACGUCGCCCAUGUGUUGAACGAUGAAACGCAACGCAAGUACAUUCAAGCGCUCAAGAGAUUAAUGACUAAGUGUCAGGAGUUUUUCCCUACAGAACCGUCUCGAUGUGUUGAGUACUCGACCGAAAACUAGGAUAGAAAAAGUUCAAAUCGGGAUUGUUAGAUAAAUUAUAUUUUUUGUGAAUAUUAAAAACUGUGUAAGUAGUGUUUUCUUGUAAAUAUUUUUUAAGUAAAGUGGCUAUAAAAGCUUUUGUACCUGUUUUGGGUUAACUAUUAACUUACAUAUUUUAUUUUUACACAUGUAAUAAUAUAAUGUAUCUCUUUUUAUCAUACACAAUAUACAUUGUUUUAUUUAC